AUGCUUGAUACUGGUGCAAAUCGAACCUUUAUUUCAAUCAAAGCAUUACAUCCUUUAACUAAUAAACAAUUUGUUAAUAAAUCAUAUAAACGUGUAAUUUUAGCAUAUGGUAAUACUUCUCUUUUUAUUUUUAGCACAUGGAACUUAUCUAUUAUUAUGGGAGAUAUGUUAACUUCUAUUCAAGCAUUUGUUGUUAAAGAGUUAUGUGCUGAUUGUAUAUUAGGCAUGGAUUUUAUUAAUACAUAUAAGUUAAUCAUUAACACGGAAGAACAGAUGGUAUCAAUAUGUAAUAAUCAUCGACGUACAACAUUAAAAUUUGAUCUCAAUCAAGGAGAUAUUAGUUAUCCGACACGUUUAAUUAAUAAUAUUCGAAUUCCACCCAAACUAACAGUGUUAGUUCCUGUAUCUGUUAGAUUAUCAUCAGCAAAAGUGUUAUUUCGUCCAUCUUUCAAAUUACAACAACGAUUACCUAUAUUAAUGUUAAAUUCUUCAUUAACUGUUCAUCGUCAUACUUCAUUUAUUUCAUUACAUAAUCCGACAAAUUAUCUUUGUUCAUUACCAAAAGGUAUUAUAUUGGGAACAACUACUAUUUCUACAUUAUCCUUUAAAAGAAAUUUAACUAUUGAUCAUCGAUUAGUGAAUAGGAAUAUUAUUAGUUUAAUUCAACACAUUGACGAUCAUGAACAACAGGAUAAAGUUAGAAUCAUCCUCAAUCAACAUGCAAAAUUAUUUGAUACUAGUAAACCUUCAAUUGCAACUGGCGUGAAACCACAUGCAAUAAAAACUCUCGAUCAUCCUCCACCAACAUCUAAACCAUUUUAUACUUCUCCAAGUAAACAAGAAGAAAUGUACAAGAUAACACAAGAAUUAUUACAUUUUGGUUUAAUUCGUCCAUCUUAUUCACCUUAUACAACACCUGCAUUACUUGUACCCAAACAUGAUGGUACUUGGCGAAUGGUAGUAGAUUAUAAGAAAUUAAAUAAUAUUACAAUCAAAGAUAAUCAUCCAUUACCCAAUCUGGGACAAGCAAUCCAAAUAUUAGAUGAUGGUUAUAAAUUCUUUUUGAAACUCGACAUGAAAAGUGGGUUUUGGCAAAUUCCAAUUGAAAAAGAAGAUAAACACAAGACUGCAUUUAUCACCACUGAAGGUCUUUAUGAAUGGAAUGUUUUAGCUCAAGGAUUAAAAAAUAGCUCGCCAUCAUUUCAACGAGUAAUGGCCGAUAUAUUAUCUCCAUGUCGUCAAUUUGCAUUAGUUUAUAUUGAUGACAUUGUGGUCUUUUCUCGCUCAUUUGAAGAACAUCUUGAACAUAUUCAACAAUUAUUAUCAAUUUUAUUGAAAUACAAUUUUCAACUUAAUCCAGCAAAGUGUAAUAUUUUUCAUCAACACAUUGAUUAUCUAUCUCAUACGAUAUCUGAAUUUGGUGUUAAACCUAAUAAUGAAAAAAUUCAAGCAAUUAUUAAAUUGAGGGAACCUUCUACAUUAGCAGAAGCAAAUAAGUUCCUGGGUGCCAUUUUAUGGUACCGAAAAUUUAUUCCUCAAUUUGCUACAGUUGCAGCACCUUUCCAUCGAGUAACAAAUUUAACCAAACCAAAUCGAAGACAAUUUGUUUGGGGUGAUGUACAAAAACAAGCAUUUUUACAAUUAAAAGAAUUAUUAAUUAAAUCUCCAUUAUUUCUUGAUUUUCCAAAUGAUAAUUAUUCACUUAUAUUGACAACCGAUGCAUCGAAAGUGGGUAUAGGUGGUACACUACAACAAAAUAUUGAUGGUGAAAUUAAAAAUUUAUAUUAUCAUUCUCAAGUUACGACCUCUACACAACGACGAUAUGAUCCUAUUGAAUUAGAAGCAUUGACUAUAUGGUUAUGUUUUCAACGUAUGCGAUCUUGUUUGCUUGGUAGAUCAAUACUAAUUUAUACUGAUCAUUGUCCCUUAUGUAAAAUGAUGAAUUCUACCGUCAAGAAUCGUAGAGUAGAUCGUAUAUCUAUUUUAUUACAAGAAUAUAACAUUGAAAAAAUUAUUCACAUGAAAGGUCAAAAAACUUGUUUAGCCGACUAUUUAUCUCGUCUUCCAAUACAAUAUCAAGAAGAUAUAUUUGAUGUAGAUUAUGGUAUAAAUAUGUUAUUUCAAGGGAAACCACUGGAAAUGGUGCAUAUUCCUGAAAACAAUUCUCAAAUUGUUGGUGCUGUUGUUACACGUUCAAAAAUGAACCAAAUAGCCCAACAACAAGAUCAAAUUCAUACAACCAUACCAUCAGUUACAAAUGAUAAAUCAUCUUCAUCAAGUCAAGAAAAAAUUGAACAUUCAGAUGAAGUUACGUCAGAUUUAAUUACAGCUAAUAAUUUUGAUAUAACUCAAAUCAAAAUUGAACAAGCAAAAGAUCCAAUUAUUCAAAAUAAAAUUGAAGAAAUUAUGAAAGAUCCAACAAAACAUUCUUAUGUAUGUAAAGAUGGCUUAUUAUACAAGUUAGCAUUAAUGCGUAGUAAUUCCACUACAAAAACAAAAUUAAUUUAUUUACCAUCAUCCAUGAUUAAUUCCUUCCUUCAAUUGUACCAUAAUGAUCCACUUAGUGGUCAUUUUGGCGUUCGGCGUACAUAUUUAAAGAUCAAAAAUAAAUUUUGGUGGCCAAAAAUGAAACAAUCGAUUACUCAAUAUAUACAAUCGUGUUUAACUUGUCAGCAAUACAAUAUUAAUUGA